CAGUAGUGAGACAUUUUUCGUGCUGGCUUUCUCAUGAAGCAAGGUGGCUUGGCUUGGGUGGCCCACUCCUAGAAUCCGUUAUUUCAUUCCUCGCCAGGUCUGCCUUUCGAUCCGCAUUCUGUGCCACGUGUGGUAACGCUGCGCGAUAUUUUUUUUCCGGGUCAGAAGGAGAGACUUGCGUGGCCGUCUGCGAUUGCAGAUCCGUCCACUUUCUUCAUCGACGGUCCCUCUUGUUCCUAACUGUUCCCUGAUCUGAUCCGAUGGCUGGAGUUCUUUGUCGAGUAAGGGCUAAACAGACUAGGGUACCGUGGGUUGCGCUGCUGCUUGUGGCAUUCCUAGCAACUGCCACGUGGCACCGCGCCAUUGCUUCCGCGAAGCAGCUCGAGGGAUUCGACGAGGAUGAGUUUGACGAUGCAGCUGACGAGGAGGAGACGGAGUUCGUUGCCCCGCAGCGACCUCCGUCGCGAUCCGUCAAGCUUGAGCCAGAGCAGAACACCAAACCAACGGCUGAAUCUGAUCGAGAUGCCGGAUCAACGGCCACCAGCGCACCCGAAGGAGCGGAAUUCGCUGGAUCCAGCACGGGUAGGUCAGCGGGAGAAGCGGCGGACUGGGAUGACGAGGAGUUUGAAGGGGUGACGCCCGGUGCUGGCGCAGGCGCAGGUUCUGGUGGCGGGGGAGGCGGAGAAGGGGGAGCAGCAGGGGGAAAGUCGUUUUUCGGCAAGCCUGGGGCGGCGCAGCAGCAGGCGCAAGCGCAAGCGCAAGCGCAGCAGAGGGCGCGCGCGCAGAGGACCUCGAUCCCGCGGAAGCCGUUCCACCCGCGGGAUUUCGUCGCGGAAGGGGUUUUCCUUGCGUUCCUCGCGAUUUUCGCGAUCAACUAUUUCGUCGGCAAGUGGCAGAAUGAAAAGAUCGGCCUCGCUUUCGCGAGCCAUUUCGCGACGGAGGGUAGCCUGCUGGCGAAGAACUUCGCCCUGAUCGGAACGGGCGAAAGCAGCGAGCCGAUUCUCGUCAAAGAAGGCCAGGCGACGUUCAAGCUGUACGCGAGCGGGCGAAGGUUUUGCGAAGCGAUGCUGGUAACCCUGAACCUGCGAAGUCGCCACGAUCUCGCGACGCUCGCGUGGGACGCGGUGCUUACGUCAAAGAAAGACCAAGUCGACGUGGAAGUGUAUAUGAAUGACGAAGACAUGGCCCCGUUUGUACUCGCUAUAGUCCCACGUAAAUCCGCUAAAGCGUUUAUGAAAGAUAAUGCGGAUCUUAAGGAGUUUGCGAGCAUGCUUGAUGCUGAGGUGGUGCUGAAGGGGGGCGGCGGGAGCGGGAAGAACAAGUGGGCGGGAGACGAGUUGGCUAUUAUCGGGGAUAGCAGAGAGGCGGCGUAUGAGCUGCUGUCUGACGUCAUCAUCGAUCAGCUAUUUGGAGAGAAGUCGUACCCCAAGCACGCGCCUCUCUUCCGCGCCCUUCACUUCACCGACCAGCACCCCACCGCAGCGGGUGCGCACAGGAAGGUGCUGCGCUUCUCCUUCCUGCUCCCACGGGGCGGGUCCCCCGCUGACCGCGCUGCUGAGCUGGCGAAACUGAUGGCAUCGGUGCCCUUCUUUAUCGACGCCGUGGGGAAGUUCCGACUCAGCGCUCAGGCGAAGACCAAGGCGGAGGCAGCGCGGGCAAAGGCAGCGGAGGCAGCACUGAAAGAGACCAAGGAGAAGAGGCAGGAGGAGCUGCAGAAGAGGAAGGAGGAGCGGAGGAAAGCAGAGGAGGCGAAGCUGAGCCCCGAGGAGCUGGCAAGGCGACGCGAGAAGGAGAGGGUGAGGGAGCUGAAGCAGAGCGCACCGCGUGCCAAGAUCUCAAGGAUGCAUUGAUGACACUGCGAGCCAAGAUUCCAAGGAUGCAUAGAUCACACCGCGUGCCAAGAUCUCUAGGAUGCAUUGAUCACACUGUGUGCCAAGAUCUCUAGGAUGCAUUGUUCACACCGCCAAGAUCUCUAGGAUGCAUUGAUCACACUGCGUGCCAAGAUCCCUUGGAUGCACUAAUCAACUCUCUAGUGUGCAUUGAUCACAUCCCAUCUCAAAUGAGGCAUACAGGCAGGUUUUGUGCUAUGGUGCAGUACUCUCUAUCUAGCUCCAAACAAUAUAUAAAUAUGUUGACA